AUGGUCUAUGAUCUUGAUUCAACGCUUUCGUUUCCAUGUACACUACGCGAAUAUUGGACCAAAGCCAUACGAACAGAUAUAAUGUUGAACAAAAAAUUUCAUGUAACUCAGUGUAUUUGGGCGUCAGCAGUUCAUGAAUGUACGGAUACGUCCCUCACUCAAUCACAAACGAAUGCGUUCCUUCGAACAGAUUCAAAUUAUAUUGUCAAAUUUCAUGAAAGAUGUUUCCGAGUGAUCAAAGCGAAUGAAUUUUUGAAAAAUUUCUCAUCCGAUCGCCGUCAUAUGCGGAACGAUCAUGGUGAUUUUAUUCAGCCGCCUCCACGAUGGUCACCAAUCUUUGAUAAAAGUAUAUUCUUACGCACAGGUCACAAUCUCGACGAUUUCAUUUCAAUGGAUCACGGAAUUCUUAGUGAUAUAAGUACCGUUUAUGAUGAAGAAACGUUUCAGCAAGUCUUCGUUGAUGACACCCUUUAG